AUGGCCUUUAGCUAUACCACCCCUGUCGUCUUUGGUGCAGAGAUACUCUCCCUCUCCGCGACAUGGGUUCAAAAUUACACGCUGAACGUGCCUGGCUCUUUCAACUACAACCACGGAGAUGUCGCCGUUGAGAAUGGCGAGUUUUGUAAUGUGACCGUCACAUACACUCACCCCGGGCACGAAGACCGCAUUACCGUCGAGACCUGGCUGCCUCGCAAGUGGAAUCACCGAUUGCAAGCGACAGGAGGAGGAGGAUGGUCACCAGGCCGGUUUGUGCUGUCGAAGUACUUCAUGUCAGGUGCUAUUGGAGAGGGAUAUGUCGCCACAACAACCGAUGCUGGGCUGGGAAAUGCAGGAUCACCAGAAACCUGGGCUCUGACAAGCCCAGGGAAUGUCAACCUUUACAAUCUCCAAAACAUGGGUUAUGUGUCUCUGAAUGACCAGGCUAUCAUUGGAAAAAGCCUUGCCAAAAGCUUCUACGGCAAAGCCCCCGAUUACUCAUACUGGAGCGGCUGCUCGCAAGGUGGUAGGCAGGGGUUGAUGCUUGCACAGAGAUACCCAACUGCGUACGAUGGCAUUGCGGCCUCGGCACCUGCCUUGUCCUGGGCAGAGCUCACUGCCUCUGUCUUCUAUCCACUUUUGGUCCCUGGCUGGGCUGGUGCAUCGUCGCCACCUUUGGCAUGUGAAUUGAACUUCCUCACUGACGAGGCCAUUUCCGAGUGCGAUGCAAAGGAUGGCGUCGUGGAUGGAGUCAUCUCCGAUGAUUCGAAAUGUCAUUUCAAUGCCCUCUCAGCCGUUAAUAAGACAUUCUACUGCGAUUCCACCCAGAAAAGAAUGCCGCUGGGCAAGACUGCCGCCUUGGUUGCUAACGCAGCUUGGUCGGGACCUCGAGCGGCCAAUGGUGAUUUCCUUUGGCAUGGAUACAACCGGGGGGCCAAUAUCAACGCUUUCGGUAGUGUUCCGGGGCAGAAUGCCACGGGCGCAGAUUUGUGGUUCCGACUGUUUGUGGCCAAGGAUAAGACAUUCAACGUGCAAAAUGCGACCCAUGAGGAAUACGAUCAACUGUUCCGCCGCGGGGUGCAGGAGUAUCGCAGUCUCAUGAAUGCCGGAAAUCCCGACCUCUCGGAAUUCAAAAAGGCUGGUGGAAAGCUCAUCUCAUAUCACGGGAUGGCAGACGAGUCAAUCCCAACAAAGAGCUCCGAGCACUAUUAUCGCGCAGUGAGUGAAGAGUUUCCGGAUGUACAAAGCUUCUACCGCUACUUCGAGGCACCCGGCUUGGGCCAUUGCUCGGGAGGUUCUGGAGGGCAGCCGCUCACAACUUUUGACGCUCUUCGGCGGUGGGUGGAAGAAGGCAAAGUUCCGGAGACGUUGCCUGUCAAAUACAACACUACGGAUGGUGUCGAAUCGUCACGGAUCUUAUGCCCAUAUCCUGCCAAGGCAGUCUACCAAGGCGGCAAUGUUUCAGAGGCCACAAGUUUCAAGUGUGUCGGCAAUGAGACGAUGAACAGCUUGGGAGGUAAGAGAACACACCAACGCCGCGUCCUCAACCAAGCACACUGA